AUGAAGAGUAAGAGUCCGAGAAGCGAACCUUGGGGCGCACCACCAGUCACGUUCACCCAGCCUGAGCUCAAAGGUACUCCAACGUACGGACUGACUACAUGGCUGUUCCGGCGUCUCAUGUUCCUGAUCGCUGAGUCAGACACCAUGGUCUCUUCGUCAGCACAAUUCCUGGAGGAACUCAAAGGGUUAAGCCUCCAUCCAAAUGAGGUCAUGGUAUCUUUUGAUGUUACAUCCUUUUUUACUUCUAUUCCCCAGGACCUGGCGAUCGAGACAAUCGAGCUGGAUCUACAAAGCAAAUACGAUGAAAUGGAGAAUCGCCUUGGACGCGCCCAAGUCCUUCAGCACCUGAAGUUCUGUCUCAGGACGUACUUCACGUUCGGCGGUACAAUCCACGAACAAGUGAAGGGCACACCAAUGGGUUCGCCGAUUUCGGGGUUCAUCGCCGAGGCGGUCCUGCAACGGUUAGAGUCGUUGGUCUUCAAACACCAACCGAGGUUCUGGGCCCCAUAUUUGGAUGAUACCCUCGUCGUUAUCGACCGGGAUCAACUGCUGAAAUUCAAGGAACGUCUGAAUGCGGUCUUCCCGGACUUACAAUUUACGAUGGAGGAGGAAGAGAACAACCGGCUGGCCUUCCUGGAUGUCCUCGUAUGCCGCAAGGCUUGUGGUGGACUAAAUACCAAAGUGUUCAGGAAAGCGACAAAUACGAUGCAAGUACUGAACUUCAACAACAGCCACCCAAUCAGCCACAAGCGCAGCUGUGUAAGGACGCUCUAUCGGCAUGUGGAAAAGCACUGCAUUGAGCCGGAAGACAAGAUUGCCGAAUUACAAUACCUCCGAUGGGUCUUCAAAGCCAAUGGCUUCCCGCGCAACUUCGUCAACCGGUGCAUACACAAAAGGGACGAAAGGCCUAACCGCACGGACACCAAAGCUUGGCGAACGCUUCCGUAUCUCAAGAACGUUUCGGGAGUUGUCGUCUGCCUUCUCGCACCACUUGGGUUUGGAGUUGCACACAGACCGGAGGCAACCAUCAGGCGUCAGGUAUUGAAACCGAAAGACCCACUGCCACGGCAAGAAACGUCUGGAGUCGUUUAUCGGAUCUGGUGCAGUUGCGGACAAAGCAACUACGUCGGUGAAACCGGAGGGCAACUCCAAACGCGAAUGGCCGAACACGCUGCAGAGGUGCGGAGAAAGGACGCUAGCUCUCAGGUUGCGGCUCUUCGACGGGUUCCGGCCACUCAUUCAAAUUUGAUGAGGCCGAAAUUCUCGCAAGAGGUGACAACCGCGUGA